CUGGCUCAGUCAGUCAUGCCAGCCUGUCCUCCAGCACCCUAACACCAUCUGCCUGACCCAAGCUUUCCAUGUUGCUGCCGCUGCUGGGCGCCUGUGCUGUGGUGGGGCCAUUCUAUGGUCCUGAGUGGGAGCCAGUGCAGGACCUGCUUGCCCACAAUCGCAAUUGCAAGGACCCUCGGUGCCGUGGCAACCUGCUCAUCCUCUGCCUCUUUCUAGUUUGGCAAGUCCAGCGCUGUUGGCACAAGGUCACCAGGACUCGCUCUUGUAUGAGAACGGUCAACAAGGUGCCACCACAGAAAGGGGGCGUGUCCUCGACAAGAUGUGACACUUUCUUCAGACUGAAUCCUGAAACCUUCAUUUUGGGCAACUCCAGGGGCCUGAAUGCUCAUGUCCAACAGUGGGCACACAAGCAGAGAAGGGGCUCCCGGAGAAGCUUCCAGAAACCAAGGCCCCAGUACCUGCUAUCUCAGCAGGACUCAUGUCAAGGUCCAUCUUGGGGCGUCUGCUCCCUUUCUGAGCCCACCUUUUGUACCACCUCUUUCUCAAGCACCUGUCUGGUCUCUCAGGACAGUUCCUGGGAUGUACCCUGGCCUCUCAGAGAGGGCAAAAUGCAUCCUACCUUCGACACUUGCCAAAGGAGGGAGAGGCUGUGGGCUCACUCCCAGGAAGGGGUGUUGCCCAUGGAGCCUGUCCUUAGCAUAACGUCCCACCCUCCCUCCAUGACCUUAGCCAUUUCUCUUCCAAACCUUCCUUCGGCCCAGAGGCUCCAGUUCUACCCCAGAGAAUUCCUGCCUGAUCUUUCCCACCGACAGCUGGGACUGUCCAUUUGGGAGUCCUGGGACUGCUUGCAAGAUGCCUGGGCACCAAGGACUAAAACCCAGACAGUGAGCAGAGAGGAUGGCAGAGAGGCACAGGCUGCUGGCUGGGCCGACCCGAGAGAGCACAGAGCGGAGGAUGCUAGGGAGCCUCAGGCUUCUGAGGACCAACUUCCAGUAGACUUGGAAAUGGAGCAUGUGGAAGAAACAAGGAUCCUGGAGUGUGGGAACCAGAGACUGAUAAUAAAUGAAGUUGAUGGAGACAGCCGGACACCAGAGCAGGAAAAGCAGGAGCAGAUGAGAGCUGGGAAUGGAGCCAAGACUCAGGAGCCAAAGGAAAGAAUUCAUGUGGGAGUUACAGGUAAGAAUCUUGCUGAUUCCCAGGCACAUGGCGGAGAGAACCAAGAACAGUUCACGUGUCAGGUUAACGCAGAGACCCAAACAUCAGAGUCGGGCAACUGGGGUAAGAAUGGAGUAGAGGAUGGAAUGGAGACCCACAUAUUCAAGAGGGAUAACAAGAAAGAAGCCAGAAGAGAAGAUGGCGAGAGCCAGGCCCAAGGAUUGGGACAGCAGGGCCAGGGUAGAGGUGAGGAUGGUGAGGAUGCCCUGAAGCCCAAACAGGAGAAGCCAGAGCAGAACAGCGACCCUGGUGCCGAAGUCCAGGCAGAAGAUAAGAGAAACAGGGACCAGGCUGGAGGUGAGGGUGCUGCACAGACCCAGGCACCCGGGAGGGAGAGUUUGGGAGGAGUCAGACAAAUGGAUGCUGUGGAGAGCCAGGCCCUAAAAUGGGAGAAGCAGGAAUAUCACAGAUGUGAGAGUCUGACAGAGAGCCAGAUGUCAAGCGGGGAGAAGCCGGGACAGGCCAGAAGUGAUGAGGCUGGGAGGGUUCAAGCCUCCUGGGGAGAGGAUUACACCAUGUCCAAACCUGAGAGUCGAGUGAGGUGGGGAAAUCAACACCUGGGAGGAGGUGAGGAUGCUGGGGAGACCCCGAUGUCCAACAGGACGAAGCUCCGGGAGAUCAGAGUUGAGGACUGGGUGGUAAUCCAGGCUCCGUGGUGGGGCAACCAGAGACUAGUGGCAACCAAAACUGACACAAAAUCCAAGGACCUGUGCUGUGGGACUCAGAAGUGGAUCGGAAAUGAACACAGAACAGAAAUCCAGGCACUGAGAGAGCACAGAGUGUGUGGAUAUGAAAAUGGUACAAAUACUCUGACACCCAAAGCUGAGAACCAGGGCAAAAUAAGAAACAAAACUGCCAUGGAGGUCCACCCGGCUGGGCAGAGGAACCAGGAGUGGUCUGGAGAUGAGAACAGAACAGAAAUUCAGGCACUAGGGAAGAGAAACCUGAAAGGGGUUAAAGGCAAGGAUGACCCAGACACCUGGGAACUUGGUGAAGAAAACCAGGGUCUGUUAGGAAAUGAAUUUAAUGCAAACAUUGAUAUACCAGAGUGGAAGAUUCAAGAACACAUUAGAAGGAAGCAUGGUGCUAAUCCCCGUACAUCUGAGGUAGACAACUGUGAGGAAGUGACACAUAAGAUUGAUGGAGAAGCCCAUGUGGCAGCAUGGCAUCAAGAGGAGCAGGUGAGAGAUGCGAGGGGUGCAGAAAGUCAGAUCUACGUGAGGAGAGACCUGCACGAAGCUGGAGGACAGGAUGGCACACAGAGCUGGGCCCCUGCAGUCGGAAACCCGAAUCAGUUAAGGAGUGACAUUGCUAGGAAGACCCACUGGUCAGAGCAGGAGAACCAGGAACAGAUGGGAGGUGAGGCUGGGGCGGAAAUUCAGAUUCCAGAGAAGAGGAAGGGCAGAGAACCUGGAGGCGAGCAUGACAGAGAGACUCAGAGGCCUGAGAGAGAGAACCAGGGACUGCUGGAUGGUGGAAGUGGAGGGAGUCGCUGCCCAGCAGGGAGGAGGUGGGGGCAGACUGCAGAAGAUCAGGCACCAGAGAGGAGAAAACAGCAAGUGCCUGGAAGAAACACGCAGAAGCUUAGGGGGAAGAACCAGGCACUGUUAAGGAGGGAAGUUAAUGGGAAGCCCUGUUUACUAGCGCGCAAGAACCAAGGGUGUGCUGGAGGAGCGAACGGUGCAAAAACUCCAAUGCAAGGGAGCAGAAACCUGAAAGCGACAAUUGUUCAUGGUGGCACUGCGACCCGGGCCCCCGAAGAAGAUGGCCAGGAGCCCUUCAGAAGUGGAACUGAUGGGAAGAAUCAGACACAGGGAAUCCAGAACGAAAGCGGAGAUGAGGACACGGCAGACAUCCAAGAUGCAGGGAGCCAAAGCAAGCACAGAGCUGAGGAUGCCGGACAGCCUCGAGCCCCUGCGACAGGAAACAGCGACCAAGUCGGAAGAGAGAAUCCUACCAGGGCCCAUCUUGAGUCUUCUGGGGGUGAGGGGCCCCCAGGGGGGAGGCCCAGGCUGCCACAGCCCCUGGACUUCCCUGGCUUUGCAUACGCAGCUGUGGAGAAAAAGUGGGCAGAGGCUGUGAACGCUUCGGCUUCUGCUCCCCGAGCUGAAGUGCAGCUUCGCCCCUGGUGGGGUGAGGCCUUCCGGCUGGCUGGUGGGGUAGGAGAGCAUCUGGCCAGCCUGGGCCUGGCCCCUGUCGGUGAGCUCAGAGACGGGGCCAGCCCAACUUCUAGGCGUGUCCAACCUGAACCACAGAGAAGAAAACAAGGACAACGAGGGGUGCAUCUGGAGAAGGCCUCCAGCCUGGCUGCCCCCGCUGUCUGCCUGUCUCGCUUAGGUGACCGGUGCUCCUUAGCUACCACAGUUCUGACAGAUCUGCCCAUGGCCCUCGCCAUGCCAACCAAGUGGCCAGUGCUGAAGAAGAGCCAGCGACAGCUCCUGGAGUCGCUCAUGCGGCGAAGGAUCGCGCACCUGCAGUGGGGCCUCCCCAGGCGGAUCCUCGAGUCCUAUCUGCUCUUUAGUUUCUUUGGGCCUUCCUCAUUGCCUCUGGCUGGGGUGAGGCUCUCUGGAUUAGGGACACUUCCGGAACCCCACAGACAGCAGGAAAGACAGCCUGAGGCCCAGAGCUCCAGGAUACCAAUUCAGUCUCCAGGGAGGUCUCAGAGGCUUCAUCCCCCAGAAAGCACAAGUCCUAAACUUCUUGGCCAGAAAGAGAGACCAAAGCCAAUGUGUGUGCCCAUCCCACCCCAAAAGCCAAAGAGAUCCAAGCCACCAGGGGGCACCAGAGAACCACAAGUGACUCCGGAAGCGCCUCCUCGGCCUCCACCGCCAGCUUCCCACAACCUCAAACCUGCAGCCGAGGCCAGGAGCUGGUGUGGCCCAGAAAGGGUCCCAGAGUCUUGCCGUGAGGAUGACAGGGGUAGGAAAACGGUCAGGCGAGAGCUGUCCCAGAUGGCAGCAAGGGCUCCCAGGACACGGAGCCCCUGGUCUUUCUGGGCAGGCCAUGACCAGGGAAGCAAGGAGCACACACCCUGGGGCUCCUCUAAACUCACACACUGGAGAAGAGGAAGCCCAGUUUCCGCUGAGGGCAGAGGAGCUGGGCACAAGGCUGCUCUCUCUUCCACAAACAGCUUCAGAGGUGGGUUGCACGCUGUUGCAGCCAGGCUGGGCACCACCCUCCUAGGCAAGAUGGCCUGGUCCCCUCAACUGGCUAAGCCCCAGCGCUCGGCUCCCAACCUCAGCCUGAGGGAUCCCGAGAGCACGUCCGCCCUGCGUCCCACAGCUGCUGAUCCUCCUGCGGGGGACAGCAGCCUCAGAGCUCCCACUGUUCCGGCUCACUGCUGUGCUGAGGAUGCAUUUCCUAAGCCAAAAAGCCCCUGGGAUCAGGGGGCACCCGAGAACCCAAAUGGGACCCCAUGGAAUCCACUGGUCCCCCAGAAGUUAGGCAUUACAAAGCACUGGAGAGAUUUUCUCUUCCAGCAUGGCUUGAAAAAGGAGGCUUGAGGCUUGAGGCCCAGAGUCCACAGGACACAUCAGAGAAGCAUGAGUGGCCUGUGUGU